AAGUAUUUCAGGUUUGUCGUAAGCGAAAUAUAACAGUUCAAUCUGAUAUUAGCUUGAUUUACCAAGUUUUUGCAAUUAUGUUUUCACGGAGAACUGUGUAAUUUGUUAUAUCAAUUAUCAUGGAAAAAACAUUGAUGCUCGUAUUAUCUCUGUCACUAACAGUGAAUGGAUACAGACAGAAAUUCUUCUCAGAUACAUUAGACUCUGAGCCGACGAUAUCAAUUUUGUACGCCAAAGACAAGAUAAGUGAUAGAGCUACUAAUGAGUGUUUAAUAGAGAUGUACCCACGGAACCUUUAUAAAUACCCAUUGAGGAUAGAAAGGAAUGACAUACCAUGUAUUCUGCAUUGCGUACUCAAGAAAUUCGGUAUCAUGACCAACGAUGGGUAUAUCAAUUUGAAGAACUACUACAGAAGGGUGCAAGCUAUACACAGAUACGAUCCUAGGAUCCUUAUCUCGGACGUAGGAGACACGUGUGCUCAAAACAUAAAUGCGAUGAACUUAGAUCACGAUAUAUGUAAGAAGGCAAAAGUGUUCAACGACUGUACACAGCUGUAUGCUAUCUCCUUUAAAGAGCCAGAACUAUGGUAGUUACAAGUUUGGAAAUAAAACAAUUUUGAAUGUAUCCAUAUAUUUUGUAAAUUGUACAUUGUACAACCUUUAUAAUGUUUGUUGUAAAAUACUUGUACCUCAAAACGAAGCUUAAUUGCGUCGAAAAUUUAUAACAAUGAAAUAUUAUGAAUAAUAAUAAUUUCUGAUAAACAUCUAGCAUUUAACACUUCUUUAAAAA